CUUUCUCUUGGGCAUGUUGAUUUAUUGGAGGUUUUCUUACAAACACGACUAAAAGCUGUUUUUCUCAGUGGGUUCGGUGCAUGUGAAAGACGAGUGUCUCCCCUUAUGCUCGGCAGUGUAGUAAACACAGUGGAACAGAGAGGAGAGUGGUUGAAUGGGGGGAGGGGUGCGGCUAAACGGAUGAUUGAUGGGCUCCCGGGCCAAUCAGGUGACGCCAUUCGGGGCUGCAGAACACUCGGAAUUUUGGAGCCGGUGAUGUUCUGGGCUCGAAUGGCUUCUUCUUCUUCUUCUUCUACUUCUUGCAGGCGACAGAUGGGAGGAAAGCCUGCAAGAAUGGAGAGGCCGCGUGGAGGUUUCACACUGAGGGCGGAGGCCGCGCGGCGGAGCCCGGAGGCUCGCCUUACUCGGGCCCCGGCGAGAGGCAAGUCUUCUUCCCCGUCGUUGCAGUCUUGUGUGGCAGCAUCUAAACAUGGUGAUCAAAGUGUACAUAGCAUCGUCCUCUGGAUCCACCUCGAUCAAAAAGCAGCAGCAGGAUGUGAUGGGUUUCCUGGCAGCCAAUAAGAUCGAAUUUGACGAGUGUGACAUCGCGGCCGACGAGACCAACAGGAAGUGGAUGAGAGAGAAUAUCCCAGAGAAUGCGAGACCCACCACAGGGAAUCCUCUCCCCCCACAGAUAUUUAAUGACAACAAAUACUGCGGGGAUUACGAGGCCUUCUUUGAUGCCAGAGAGGACAAUGCUGUGUACGCAUUUCUGGGUCUGACUGCUCCUCCAGGUUCCAAGGAGGCUGAGGCUCUGGCAAAGAAAGCCCAGCAGUAGCAUCUUUACUGUUUCUACCCAAGACCUCAGGCCUUCCCAAGACCCAUACCUGGAUCCAGACUGACCCUAAACAGAACCUGGAAAAGGAAGAAAACCCCUCACUCAGUUUAUAAAUGCAUGGACUGUUUUUGUCUAUUCAAAAUGUUUUAUUAGAAAUAAUCUUGAGAUGUGCCUUUCUGGCUGCAGCGAAAGGAGGUCCUGUGGUAUCGAACAUGACAGGGUAUAUAAGUUUACCUCCUUCUCCUCUGGUUAACCUUAGCCUGCUAAGCCUAUUGAUCUAUCGACAUGUCACUCAACCAUUAGCAUCAAUAAACCAUUAGCAUCAAUCAAAUGUAAGCAUCAACUCGUAGCUUCCCAGCACAGCACAUCAUGAGGCACAACUAAGAAACAAAAAUGUUGUAAUUCAGAGUCAUCCACGUUAACAUUUAAUCAUUUACAUAAUGUAACUUUUAUUAAGCUUCAGUCUUACAUCCUGGAAAGACCAAAUCAAAUAUGUUCAUCAUCAAAUUUCAUUCAACUUUCUGGAGAAGUUGUUUUUUGGUUUGCUUGUUUGUUUGUUUUUUUCACUUAAUAGUCUUAAUGCAAUUUGAACUGCAAUCUUUUUCUAAUAGGUCAGUUAUUAAAAUAUUGAUAUAUGAUGCCAAAAUGGCCAAAUGAGGGAUGUUUUUUGUGUGUUUUUUUUUUUGUUUGUUUGUUUGUUUAUUUUAUUUUAAUUAUUUUUUUUGGAAGAAGCUAUCCUGUUUCCAAUUGUGUUGGUAAUUUCUGUACAGAGUCCUCUCUGAAAUAAAUUUAAAAGACAAAAA